AGCAUGGGAGUUGCCUUUCUUCUUUCUCAUAUACUAGCCAGUAGCCGAAACUGAAUAUUUCUUCUUGAGGACCUCUUUCCAGCCUUACGUUGCUGUUCAUCGUCUUCAUCAGCCUGGGCUAUGGCCCUGCUGUUCUCCUUGACUCUUGCUAUUUUCACCGGACCUGGCCUCUCAGAGUCUUCACCCAGGGUGCGGCUGGUGGGAGGCCCCCAUCGCUGCGAAGGGAGGGUAGAGGUAGAGCGCAUGGGCCACUGGGGAACUGUGUGUGACGACGGCUGGGACAUGAAGGACGUGAACGUACUGUGCCGGGAGCUGGGGUGUGGAGCAGCCAAAGGAACUCCCAGUGGAUCUGUAUUUAAGCCAUCAGCAGGAAAUGAGCAAAAGGUCCUCAUCCAAUUGGUCAAUUGUAUUGGAAUGGAAGAGAUGCUGUCUCAGUGUGAAUAUGAUGAAGAUGUUUUUGACUGCUCACACAAAGAGGAUGCCGGGGCAUCAUGUGAGAAUCCAGACAGCCCCUCCUCUCCAGUCCCAGAAAGUGUAAGGCUGGUUGAAGGCCCUGGGCGCUGCAAGGGACGAGUGGAGAUACAGCAUCAGGGGCAAUGGAGCACUGUGUGCAAAAAAGGCUGGAACCUCAAGGCUGCAAAGGUGGUGUGCCGGCAGCUGGGAUGUGGGAAAGCCAUACUGACACAAAGAUCUUGCAGCGAAUCUACCCAGGGCCAAGGACCAAUCUGGCAGAGCCAGAUAUCUUGCUCAGGACAAGAAGUAACCCUUCAGGAAUGCCAUUCUGGGCCUUGGGAGAAUAACAACUGUACCCAUGCUGAGGAUACGUGGGUGGAAUGUGAAGAUGCCUUUGACUUGAAGCUCGUAGGAAGUGACAGCCACUGCUCUGGGAGGCUGGAGGUGCUACACAAGGGUGUAUGGGGCUCUGUGUGUGAUGAUGGAUGGGGAGAAAAGGAGGACCAGGUAGUAUGCAAGCAACUGGGCUGUGGAAAACCUCUCUCUCCAUCCUUGAAAGAACGGAAAAUCUAUGGCCCUGGAGUUGGCCUCAUUUGGCUGGAUGAUAUCCGCUGUUCAGGGAAGGAACAGUCUCUGGAGCAGUGCCGGCAUAGAUUUUGGGGAUAUCAUGACUGCACUCAUGAGGAAGAUGUGGCUGUGAUCUGCUCGGACUAGUAUCCUGGCCUCCUUGCUGCUUGGCCUUGGCCACCAACUGGCCCUUGCAUGAUGCCUACUUGUUCUCCUGGGCCCUGGUUACCCUAGUGCUGCCCCUGGGUCUCAGGCCUUAGCCACCACUCCCUCGACACAGUUACCUUGGGAUGUGGAGAAGAUGAGCUUUCAGUUGCCUCUUGCUCUUCACGCACCACUUGGAGUUGGUUCUGCCCUUUCCUGCUUCCUGGAGUCCUCAGGUCUGUCACUGAGACCAGAAGUGCAUGUCAUUGCUAAGGCAAGCUCUAUAUCUGUAAACAAAGAAAUAAAGCAACAACAACAAAAAACACGAGAAAGUAAACGUGGGUAGACAA